AUGCCCUCUCUAGCAGCCCACUUGCACCCCCAACUGCCCAUCCGCAUCAACGCCAUCGCGCCCUCCUGGACCGACACCGGUAUCCUAUCCCCCGCGGUACUCUGCGCGAUAAGAGACAACCUGCAACCCGCAGACGUACCAGCCCGCUCCGUCACCCUACUCAUGGCCGAUGCGACGCGGCACGGCGAGCUAGUGUACAGCGAGCGAGGAAGCUACAUGGAUCUGGAGAACGGCGCCAAGGGGUUCCACCAGCUGACAGCGAAGACGAUCUCACUCAACUGCAGGUCAUGA